UGUCUCCCCGCCCCGCGGUGCUCACGACCGUAUCGGCAACGAGAGACAGAGACGGAGCGGGGCGGCUCUAGUCUUCUUCCUCUUCGUCCUGCCUCCAUCCGGCCGGAAAAUCCCGUCCCUCUCCAGUCUGGGACUCUGUAUGGAGACCUCGCCCUCGGCUCCGCCCAAUGCCGCCACCCCGCCGUCGCCGGCGCCGGAGCCGCGGCGGCUGCCGGACUUCCUGCAGUCGGUGCGGCUCAAGUACGUGAAGCUGGGGUACCACCACCACCUGAUCUCCCACGGCAAGUACCUGCUGCUCUCCCCUCUCAUGGCGCUGGCAGCCGUGCAGCUCUCCACCGUGUCCCCCGGCGCCCUGUGGCUGCAGCUCCGCUUCAUCAACCUCCUCUCCUUGCUCGCCUGCUCCACGCUCCUCUUCUCCCUCUCCACCGCCUACUUCCUCACCCGGCCGCGCCCCGUCUACCUCCUCGACUUCGCCUGCUACAAGCCGGAACCCGAGCGCCGGUGCACCCGCCGCACCUUCAUGCGCUGCUCCGAGGCCACGGGCGUCUUCAACGCCGCCAACCUCGACUUCCAGCGCAAGAUCCUCGAGCGCUCCGGGCUCGGCGAGCACACGUACCUGCCCCCCGCCGUGCUCCGUGUCCCCCCCAACCCGUCCAUGGCCGAGGCCCGGAAGGAGGCGCGCGCCGUCAUGCUCGGCGCCAUCGACCAGCUGCUGGAGAAGACCGGCGUCCGGCCCAAGGACAUCGGCAUCCUCGUCGUCAACUGCAGCCUGUUCAACCCGACCCCGUCGCUCUCCGCCAUGGUGGUGAACCAUUACAAGCUCAGGAGCAACGUCGCGAGCUACAACCUCGGCGGGAUGGGGUGCGGCGCCGGGCUGCUGUCGGUGGAUCUCGCCAAGGAUCUGCUCCAGGUGCGCCCGGACUCGUACGCGCUGGUGGUCAGCAUGGAGAACAUCACCCUGAAUUGGUACUUCGGGAACGACCGCUCGAUGCUGGUCUCCAACUGCCUGUUCCGGAUGGGCGGCGCGGCCAUCCUGCUGUCGAACCGGCAGGCCGACCGGCGGCGGCUGGCGAAAUACGAGCUCGUGCACACCGUGCGCACGCACAAGGGCGCCGAUGACAGGUGCUUCGGCUGCGUGACGCAGGAGGAAGACGAGGCCGGCAAGGUCGGCGUGUCGCUCUCCAAGGACCUCAUGGCGGUGGCCGGGGACGCGCUCAAGACGAACAUCACGACGCUGGGGCCGCUCGUGCUCCCGUUCUCGGAGCAGCUGCUCUUCAUGGCCACGCUGGCGGCCAAGAAGCUGCUCAAGGUGAAGAGGAUGAAGCCGUACAUCCCGGACUUCAAGCUGGCCUUCGAGCACCUGUGCAUCCACGCCGGCGGCCGCGCCGUGCUGGACGAGCUGGAGAAGAACCUGGAGCUCACGGAGUGGCACAUGGAGCCGUCCAGGAUGACGCUCUACCGAUUCGGCAAUACGUCGAGCAGCUCGCUGUGGUACGAGCUGGCCUACAGCGAGGCCAAGGGCAGGAUCAGCAGGGGGGACAGGGUCUGGCAGAUCGCCUUCGGGUCCGGGUUCAAGUGCAACAGCGCCGUCUGGAAGGCGCUGCGCACGGUGAACCCGGCCGAGGAGAAGAACCCCUGGAUGGACGAGAUCGACGACUUCCCCGUGGAAGUCCCCAAGAUUUCAAAGGUUGGGAACGCAUGAAGUUUGUCUCUGGUGACUGAUCACUGAUCAGCACUGCCAGAUCAGCAGGAAGUUUCUUCAUCUUAUUUGAGUUCUUGUUUUCAGUUGUAGCAUCUGGGGUUGGGUUGGCCGGUUGGGGACCUAGACGUUAGUAGUUGAUCUAUCUGAUCUAUUAUUAUAUAUUAAAAGUA